AUGCAUCCAUUCACCAACUUGCUGAAAAGAGGAUGGCUGCUCCUCAUUGUUGCCGCCUUUUGUUUGAACGUUAAGCUUGCUUCAGCUGCCUUUACAAGUGUCAGUCUCGCAGGAUCUUUGACAGGAGCAACCUUGGAAACCCAAAUCAACCUUGCCGAUCCAAAUGCCAGUGGCCAAGACACUAUUACUGUUCGUUACACCGUCCCGCAAACUAGCUGGCUUGCUGUGGGCGUCAAUCCUGCUGGAACCAUGCCCAACGGCGAAGUGGUGAUUGGCAAGCCUGACGACAACAAUUCGGUGCGCAAAUACAAAAUAACCGCCAGGGGUGCUGGUGCUAUUAGUGAGCAACCCAACCAAACCCUCAUCAAUCCAAGUUUACAACAGACUGGCGGCAAUACUGUCUUGACAUUUACCAAGCUACUCGUGGAAGAUGGAGAAUUCACCAUUACGGCAGCUGCCAGCAACACCUUUAUUGCCGCCUUUGGAUCUAGCAACACGUUUUCAUACCAUCAAGGCUUUGGAUCUCAAGCUGUUACCUUGGAUGAUGGAUCUAAUCCUGGACCCGAUGCCAGUCCCACACCGCCGCCCACCACAGCAGCCCCUGUUCCCACCAAUCCUCCCACCACGGCGGCUCCCUUUGAAGCUCCCACGAACCCACCAGGAGCAGAUGUUUUGGAGCUUACGGGAGACUUGCAGGGUUCUAGCUUGAGUUACCAGUUCACCUUUGGCGAUCCCAACACUGGUGACAAAGAUAGUAUCACUGUCACGUAUACUGCCCCCGUCACUGCCUGGGUCGGUGUGGGGGCCAGUGAAUCCGGUUUCAUGCUGGGAUCCACUGCCAUCAUUGGCCUUCCUUCCACGGGUGAAGUGAAGAAGUAUUCGCUCAAUGCCAAGACCACACCCGGCGUGAGUGUCAUGCCAGAUGACCAGCAAACCCUGGUCAAUGUGGGCAUUACACAAGCCAAUGGAUUUACGACAUUGACUUAUACCAAGAUUUUGGUUGAAGAUGGCGAGGUCCCGAUCAAUCGCGUGGGAGACAAUAUCUUCGUUGCCGCACACGGAAGCUCCAAUACUCUUGGCUAUCACUCUGUCCGCGGAUCGUUUAGCUUAUCUGGCAAGGUGAUUGAACGAGACAACUCGCUAUGGGUGGUUCAUGGCUGGCUGGCUGCCAUUGCUUGGGGCGUAAUGUGUCCUUUGGCGAUUUUGGCCGGUUUGUUCCGCAAGUACAUACCCGGAGAGGGCAUCUGGUUUCAGAUUCACCGCGUUCUACAGACCCUGGUGAUCGUAUUGACCAUUGCUAGCGUGUCAGUUGCAAUUGCGGCUCUAAACAAGGAGACUCCGGCAAGCUUGAGCGCCGAUCACUUUAAUAGUGACUUUUCUGAUGGCCAUCGUUUGAUUGGUCUUUUGGUAUUGAUCUUUGGCAUUGUUCAAGCAGCGAAUGGGAUCAUGCGCCCGCACCUUCCUCCCAAGCCUGAACCCAAUGAUGACGAACAAGGCAACAAAAGUACCCCUCCACCGGCUGGCGAGAAGAGCGGUACUCGCAAGUUCUGGGAAGUGCUUCACCGCUUGCUGGGAGUAGGGCUACUUGCAUUGACCUGGUAUCAGAUUAAGCUGGGUAUCUUUUGGUACCACGAGAUCUUCAAUAAUGGAGAGUCGGAAUCUACAUUGAACGCCUUUUAUGGAGUGAUUGGAGUUUUGGGAGUGCUCAUUGUGAUUGGUGUAGCCAUGAGAGUUUUGAUGGGAUGA